GUGCCCCACACUCCACGCCCCAUGCCUGCGCCUCGUGCCCUGCGCCCUGCACCAGCCUUGCUAUGCACUGGAUCCCCUCACCUCCUACGCCCAGAUCUCUCCUCUGCACCAAGAUCCCACACAAUCAGGCCCUUGCACGCUCGAGCCAUCAUGCCCCUACGCCCCUGCCGUUGCACCGAACCAGCCCUUGCUGCUUGCUGCGCCGAACCCACGUUGCUUGCACGCCAGCCACUGCCGGCAAUCAUGCCUUCUGCACCAAGCCCACGUUGUUUGUAAUAAGGGUUUCUAAUUUAGUUUUUGGUGAUUUUGUAAUUUUGUUGAAAUUAAGGGGUAAAACCAGU